AUGAGCCGCAAGCCUCAGCAAUCUUAUUCAUCCGGUGGUUCAUCCAGCCAACACACUGCUGUCGCUCGACAGGACCAGUCCUCGCUCGGUAAAUCCCAUUUUGGAAAAGCAUCCACAGCCCCAAUUUGGCACGGCUAUGUCGUUUCCUCGUCCCUGGCAGACAUAAAAUCGCUCGGUGCGCCAACCAAUCUUGUGUUUGCCAAGAUCCACAAGCCUCACGAUGAAAUGUCUCGAGGUCGCGUUUUGAACAUGACGGCCCGUGUUACCUUUGGACAGCCAAAUGUCCCGCGAGUGGCAGCCAGGAAAGCAAUUCAGAAUGUCAUGUGGGGCAAUGAAGGCCUUGGUAUCCCAACGUCUAGCAAGAUGAAGGUCUUGCUUUUGGCGCAUGAAAACCACGUCAUGAAGUUCUUGCCGCCAGAUAAUGAAAACCUUGAUGAUACAAGAAUUCCCAGCUUUCUCAGUUGGCUGAAGGAUAGUCGAAAUCCAUUGCAAAAGAGAGCAAUUCAAGAGGCUCUUUCUCCCCAUGGAGGCUUCAUGAAACUGAUCACGGGGCCGCCAGGAACAGGCAAAACGGCUGUCUCCACAGCCAUCAUCAGGUAUUGCUACGUUACCGAGGCACCAAUCCUAGUGAUCUGUGGACAGAACCAAGGUCUCGAUGUAGUAGCACAACGUUAUUCGUCUCUUUACGAAAAUGACAAUGCCGAUAUCUCCCAAGUCUAUCGAUUGGGAACAGAGUUCGCUGAAUCAGUUGAUAUGCAUUUCAAAGAGGAUCAGGAGCUCACAACGCAUCGGGUGUCUGGUCUGCGUGAAAAUUUCAAACGAGCUGUUCAUGAAUUGAGCCGAGCAGACAUCGCUGAAAGAAUCGUUGGCAGUCUUGAAGCCUCCCUCACCGGUAUGGGUGUAAGCCUGCAGCACCUCUCCUUGGGCAGGUUCAUCAUGUCCCGCGUUAAGAAUGAAAUUCGUUUGCAGGGUUCGCCAGGGAGGGAAACAAAUCAAGAGUCAGAACUGCUCAUGGAAUUUGCUUGCUGGCAACAAGUCAUACGGAUGAUGGAGAAGCUGCAGGUGGAGCCAAUCGAUCGAACAAGCACGAGCGCCCACAUAUUCUCCGCUGAACAACGAGAGCUGCAAGCCGGCUUCCAAAAGCUGUGGGGAAAGCUCCAGAAGUUCUAUCUUAAGAAGGCCCGUGUUGUCUUCUGUACCGCGGACACCGCGGGGCGACAUAUCCUUCGUGGGUUUCGCCCUCGCUUUGUUUUGAUUGAGGAGGCUUCGCAUAUUUCAGAGACAACUUGCUUGGUCCCAAUUAUGGCUAACUACGUAGGCCUGAAGAGGGUCAUUCUGAGUGGAGACACAGCGCAGCUACCACCGACUGUGAUCUCCAGGGAUGAAAACGAGUGCGGCCAGAUCGAACAAGUCUCGCUUUUCGAGAGAAUGAUUCUCUCCGGACAUCCCGACAUACAACUGCGAACUCAGUACCGUAUGAUGGCUGGAAUUUGCAAGUUCGUUAGCACGGAAUUCUACAACGGUACUCUAGAGACCGUGGAGUCAGCUCCGAAUAGAGCGACGUCAAAAACCCUCUCAAAUUUCAUGUCUACUCGAUACAAGUGCUCUGUACAUACGACCAUAGGGUAUGGAAAAUAG